GUUGCGCUAAGUGGACGCGUGCUCGAAUUCGGCUCCGAUCACAGGACCUUCCAUACAUCUCCAGUGCAGUGCAGUGAAGUUCAGUCUGGCAGACAUACCGCGCUCUGGAGCGCACGAGGCUGGAUGUUAGUCAAGUGGGUGGGCGAACGCAACAGGCUGAUAGAAUUUGUCCUUUGAUAAACCACCUGUUGGUUGGAAAGCUCUGCGUUGCACUUUAUCGCGGAAACGGUGGUGUGGUGCCCGUGUUGUGAUAGCGGUAGGUCGUCGUGCGUAGUGAGUGAGUGAGUGGCGCUUGCGAAUCGUAUCGGGUAGGGCGAAACAGGGUGGUUGAAUGCCGCCAAAGGAUACAAUCUCAGCGGGACGCGUCUGUUUACAGUGAAAAUAUCCAGUCCAGUGCGCCGAGUGUAUUGAUGUCGAGCGUUCAAUACCAUGUGAGAAAAUAUAGAAUCUAUUCAUGUUCGUGUUCCGUUGAAAGUUUUCUGCUUCAUGUUAGAUAAAUAAGGUUGGUUGAUGUGUAAAAUUUAAGAGUCAAUAUUUUCUGUGCAAACUCAGUGCCGGGGCGUGCGUGUGUGUAUGUGUCUCCUUAGUAGACUAUUUCCGAGCUAUCGACCAGCGAGUGCGGAUUAGGCUAAAGAAGAUAACCACAGUUUCGAGAAGAUCGAAUCUUCAUUCAUUCUACCCUGGUGUAGAAUCUUCGUCGGAGUGUAAACUACACGGCUGUAUACGUGCGCGAUAUUCGGUGUACUGCCUGAUUGUUAUCAGUGUUUAGAUUUUAAGCAUCAGAUUUACUUAGUGCAACCAGCGAGCGUUUGCCGCCGGGGUUAUCUACGGGAAAAAAAUGUGGCGGAAAAUGUUCAAUGAUUCAUGUAAAUGUCGGCGUUUAAAGUAAAUAUAGGUACCGUAGCGGAGGUGAAGUGCGUGAUUUUUUGUUAUUGUGCACAGUAGGCUGCUGCAAUAUACAGAAAUAUUUUUGCCUGGCGAGAAUCGAUGCCGGCGGCGCGUGGUGUUUUGUGCGGGUGUGUAUGUGCUGUGUCGUUGGCUACUUGAUCUGCGGUAUUGAUUUGGUGCCACGAGAAAAGUGUGUGAAAACGUACUUGUCGGCGAGGAUCGACCGAGAGGUCAAAGUAUUGUCUACAAGUGAAGUGACGGAGAACUAAGUGAAUCACUACACGACCCAGCACCUUUCUCGUCGAUCAACAAAGCGUUGGAGAGGGGGCUAAAAACUCACCACCACCACCACCACCACGGCACCCUUUCUUAGUGGUGCUUCUGCAGCAGGGUCGCCAUGACAUCGCCGUUACCGUUGCUCCGUUCGUUCUCGACUGAAAACCAAAACCGGGACUGGUGUAAGCGAUUUUCACUACGUGCCAACCGGAAGAAUGUCACCGACGGAAGACUGGACUUUGCCAACCUGCGAAAGAACAAAUUCGCCCGCCGCUGUUCCUCGCUCCGGCAGACACCCCCGGAGCAGACCAACGUGACGCUAGAACUGGAAAGUGCUUCCCCGGCCCAUUCAAUGCCAGUGGUACACGAGGUUAGCUCUCCCAAGAAGCCCAAGUGGGAGGUGAUUGAACAUUUCAAAAGCUCCGGUCGCGGCCAGGAAUCGAUCAGCAGCAGUUUGAUUGCGGCAGGAGUGACGGCUUUCAAUCUGGAUGACACCACAUCCAAUUAUUCCGGGACGGCAUCCCUGCGGAAGAAGAGCUUCCAGAUUUACGGAGCUGCUGCGCCAGAGGAGCUCGAACCGCUGAACAAUGGAGACCACAAUGGCGCUGGGAGCAUCAAUGGGGUGUGUGACACCGCCCGGUGCUGGAGUCACGUCAAGUGUUUGUUCAAUGGAAUCAUCUGUUCGCAUAAAUUUAAGAAUGUUCAGGUGGAGAUGCUGUAUCAGCGCUACUUUCUCCGCAUGAACCAGAGCAAUGCGGUGCACAUCGUGUGGCUCCUGUUAGGAUUAAUCUUCAUCUUAGCGUUAAUACAUCUGGUGUUCACCUUCAUCCUGCAGCAGUCGCUCCAAAGCUGCUACGGGUUCAAUGGCACCGACCGGCUUCGGGGCGCGCUGGAUGGUUGGAACUCGUCGUCGUCGUCGUCUUCGCCAGCGACACCGAGCUUAUCCCCGGCUGCCGGCGGGCCGCUGGCUGAACAACUUCCGCCGGGACUAUUAAUGGGGGUAAUCGCCAAUGGCAGCUCCCAUCCCGACGGUUCUCCGCUAUUGGAUGGGAGUGGCAGCGACGGCGGCAGUGACGACGUCGGUCCCGCUCACGACUUGGGUGAAGAAAUAGAUAGUGAUGCUAAUGUUCUCGCUAUUUCCAACGCCCGUGAUGAUAAUGCGCGUAAUGCCAUCAGUGACACCGGGUGGGAUGUUGAUGGGGAGGGGUCAGCUAGUGAAAGUGAGACUGGUGAUCAACGGUACGGUGGAAGAAUGGGAAAGAAAGUUCGAACAGACGAAAGUUUUCAUGGUAAAUUGUUUCCUGCUGCUGCUGCCGUGGCCGUGGGCAAGGUCGGUGCGGUUUCCCUUGCUGACGAACAUGAUGACAAUGUUAACACUGCUAUAAUUAAUCACGGCAGUGCGAUUGAAGGUUCCGCUGGGCUCGACAUGUGGCAGAGACGGCGAAGGAGGAAACGGAGACGAAGCCGGUUGGAAAGUGAUAACGACAGAGGAAAUUCGCUGGAGGAGAACGAUAGUGGUGGAUUUGUUGGGAGCAGCUCCGUUAACGACCAUCACACCACUGAGCCGGCCGUUAUCGCCAGCAUCGACGAUGAAAACUACAACGAAAGUGACGACGGCCAGCAAGGGCCCAACGUCCCCAACGAAGUGACCGGGAGGACAACAACCCCCACCGGUGCCACGCUGCCUACCGUGAUACCGCCGCCGUCGCAGCCGCCGAAUAAUCAAACCGACGAGGAAGAAGCAGGAAGCCUAUGUAGCCGUGAUUACUUUUCCCUGCUGAAGGACAACAUGACCCAGCUGAUUCUGAUCGGGAUCUGUGCGACCGUCUAUGCCCUGCUGCUGAUGUGCCUGUACAAGCAACGGAUCAACGAGAUUUACCUGUUUCAGGUGUCCUACGUCGUCAUGGUGACACUGUUGGCGCUGGACGUCUGCUUCAGUUUCACCGCUUCCACCAAAAAAUUCACAUCGUCUGGAGGAUGUACCGUGAUUGCGAUCUACAUCAUUUAUACAAUGCUUCCGAUUCGGUUGCGCGAAGCCGUUGUUGGCGGAACGCUGCUUUCACUGACACACGUACUGCUGACGUUUUACAUGAACGAUACGGAUGAUCAUCAGGUGCUCUACGCGGACAUAAUCACACUGACGUGCACCAACGCGACAGGCAUCCUGCUCCACUGGCCGAAGGAGAAAUCCCAGCGGAAUGCGUUCAUGGAGACGCGCCAGUGUGUCGAAGCGCGCCUCCGAAUUCAGCGGGAAAAUCAAAAACAGGAACAGCUGCUCCUGUCCGUUCUACCCCGGCACGUUGCAAUGGAGAUGAAAAACGAUAUUGCCGGUCAACCGCGUGAAGAAGCCCAGUUCCACAAAAUCUACAUCCAGCGGCACGAAAAUGUCAGCAUUCUAUUCGCGGAUAUCUGUGGCUUCACCAGCCUCUCGGAUCAGUGUACGGCCGAGGAGUUGGUUCGACUGCUGAACGAGCUGUUUGCCAGGUUCGACCGGUUAGCGCAGGAGCAUCACUGUUUGCGGAUUAAGCUGCUGGGUGAUUGCUAUUACUGCGUGUCCGGACUGCCGGAAGCGAGGCCGGAUCAUGCGAUGUGUGCCGUCGAGAUGGGACUGGAUAUGAUCGAUGCCAUCGCUUUGGUCAGGGAGGUUAUGGCGGUCAAUGUGAACAUGAGGGUCGGUAUCCACACGGGGCGGGUCCACUGUGGAGUGUUGGGCCUCCGGAAGUGGCAGUUUGAUGUGUGGUCGAACGAUGUAACGCUGGCGAAUUACAUGGAGAGUGGGGGUGUUCCUGGGCGAGUUCACAUCACUAAGGAGACGCUGAAGUCCCUGGGCGAUCACUAUGAGGUGGAGGAGGGAAAUGGGGCCGAUCGGAAUAACUACCUGAAAGAUCACCAAAUUCAGACGUAUCUGAUAGUUCCUAAGGAAUCGUACAGAGCGCAUACCAUGUCCAAGCAGUCUUCGUCCGUGAAUGGAAACGUUUCCAAGGAGCUGCGUAUGAUGGGCCAUUGGUCCAAGAUGGGUUUCAAUGACAAACAGGAACCGAAAAGUACCGAGGAAGAGGUCAACGAGUAUCUGAUCAAGGCGAUUGAUGCGAGGUCGAUCGACAGGCUUCGGCUGGAUCACUGUAAGCGCUUCCAUCUGACCUUCAUCAAGGAUGACAUCGAACGGAAGUACUGUCGGGAGCCGGAUCCGAUGUUGAACGUUUAUUUCUACUGCAGUAUUAUUAUCUUUUUCGGGAUCAUGCUGAUCCAGGUGCUAAUAUUUCCUAUGGAUCAACCCAGCUACUGGGUAUACGGUAUUCUAACCGUGGCUCUGCUAGUGACUUGUGUUCCUGUCUUCUCCAGAGAAGAUACUAAAAUUUCCAACUUCUUCCGAGUGAUAUCGCAAAAAAUUCACGGACAUCGGGAAAUUGCACAAGUGAUAUCGUUAUGCGUUGUCGUUACUGUGAUAUGUUUGUCUUACUAUAAACUGACAUUUAUAUUUUAUCUUUCGCUUUCGGAAGAGUACUUUAUACUCCGGCCUAGUAAUUGUAAAGAGUCUAAGAUAUUUAAUAUUCUUCUGCUUCUAACCUUGCUUGCCUUACUGACCUGUGCGGUCCAUCAGUUCAUUAAGAUUCUAUUUAAGAUCGUCCUGUUGGUGGCUAUACUGUUUUGUUAUGUCGCUUCCAUUGUCAUCCUGGCGCUGAUUUUCGAUCGCCACUGCGAACCAUGGUUCCUAACAACCGAACGGUUUCUGAUCGAUGUGGCAUUCCUGGUGGUGUUCGUGAUUGGCCAAAUCAUGCACAGCCAGCAGACGGAGAUCACCCGCCGGUUGGACUACAUCUGGAAGCUGCAGGCCACCGAGGAGAAGGAGGACAUGGAACACCUGCAGGCGUACAAUCGGAAAUUGUUGGCCAACAUCCUGCCGGUGCAUGUCGCGGACCAUUUCCUGCGGCGGGAGAAGAAUAUUGAGGAAAUCUACUUCGAACAAUGCGACCGAGCGUGCGUAAUGUUCGCCUCCAUUCCGAACUUUUCCGAAUUUUACAUCGAACUAGAGGGAAACAACGAAGGCGUCGAGUGUCUGCGGCUACUGAACGAAAUCAUCGUCGACUUCGAUGAACUACUGGCCCAGGACCGGUUCCGUCAGGUGGAGAAAAUCAAAACGACCGGUUCGACGUACAUGGCCGCAUCCGGGCUAACGCUAACCGGGGCCGAUACGACCGAAUCCGGUCACGUAACGGCUAUGCUGGAUUACGCGCUGGAGCAGUUUCAGAAGAUUACCGACGUGAACGAGCAUUCCUUUAAUAAUUUUAGGAUGAGAAUCGGAAUAAACAUCGGCCCGGUGGUGGCCGGGGUGAUCGGAACCCGGAAGCCGCAGUACGACAUCUGGGGCAAUGCGGUGAAUGUGGCCUCUCGGAUGGAGUCCACCGGUCUGAUGGAUCACAUUCAGGUGACGGAGGAUGUGUACGAAAUUAUCAAGGAUCGGGGCUACCCUCUGACCUGCCGGGGGACGAUCAACGUUAAGGGCAAGGGAACGAUGGUUACCUAUCUGAUGCCGGGGAUCGUGAAAGAGCAGAACUAAGUAGAGCGGGGAUGGGUUGUUGUUAGCUUUUGAUGACUUUAAAUAUGUAUAUGUUCUACGAAGAAGAAAAAACAAACAGACAUGGGAAAUUACGUUUCGUUAGGUGCUACUACUACUAGUUUACUUAGGUUGAAAUUUCCCGCGAAACUGAAAGUAUUCUGAGACAUAUCAAAACUAUUCAUUAUAUGGUAGUUGAUACGAUAUAUUAGGGAGCGAAAGUAGUAGACCAUGCUCUACACAGCUCAAAAUAGCAGUCCUAGAAUAUGUCAGAUUGAAUUUAAAUUUUAUUUCACAUAGUUUAUGUACAAAGCAAAUAGGUAGAUCUGUCGGAAGUUUAGUUAAUAUGAUAACUAUAAUUUCACCGCCUUCGCGGCUCUCACUAUUUCUGUCCAUGCACAACUGCAUAUUGACGAAUUAGACACAAACACUGAUAUGCAAAUAUGAUUUAGUUUACAAUCUUGUAGGUAUCUGUUUAAAAGUUCAAAACGGUAACGAAAGGGUUGUCUUUCUGUCGAAUUUGAUGCUAAUCAUUCACGGUUUACAGGGUACCGACCGUGUUGACGAAUGCCCAAAAAAUCUGUAUUUUCAUUUUCUCAUUAUCCUUAUUGUACAUAACGAACUAAUGUGAUUUGUAUUUUGAAUAACGACGGCAAAACAAAUGAGAGUUGAAUUCGAUGGAACAUUCACUACAAAAAUCAAUCCGUCGUAGUGCAGAAUAGUACACUGAACCGAAUUGGGACAAUGUUUUCCUUUUUUUGAGGCUGCUUAUCAUCGGCAUCAUUUGUUCUAAAGUACAAUAGACAACUCUUUCCGAGUAAAGUAACCUUUUCCGAUAGAAUUCAAAUCCAUAAAAACCCACGAACGGACUGAUUUUCACUUCCUUUUCUCUAGCACAACCGACCAAAUACGAUUACAAAACAUACGAUAUUAGCAAACACCUGUUGUAGAAUUUAAUAAACAUAGUAAAAGUACACUAAAGACCCCAAUGCGAAAAGGGACGGGCACCUACAAUUAAACAAAUAAAACAAACGACAUAGCAAAGGCUGUCAAUUAGAUGAUGAAGCGCGGUGAGAAUAGAUCAAACGUGUGAAACGAGAGCCGAAUUUGACCAACAACAAAAUAAUGAAUCUUCUACAAUCAAACACAAAUUGCUAACUUGAAAGAAGUAUAAGGAAUGUUUCAAUCAGUAUUCAGGGAAAUACAAGUGAGAGAGAGAGAGAUGGGAAAGAGAUAUUUUUGGAACUCGCUUUUGAUGGCUCCCCCUAGAGUAUUUACUGCCGUUUACGUAUAGUCCAAAAAUUGGAAUAGUAGCAGGAACGGACGUAGCUGCGUACAGACAGAUACCUAUACCGAGCAGGCAGAUGAUUAGCAUCUCCUUUGUGAGAAAGUUGUGUGGUGUUUAGGCGAGAGCGAUUCCACUAACGAAAUAAAUUGUAUAAAAUGCUCACACUUGAGAGGCGAUUCUCUGCAUUGUAGUUAAAGUUCGAAAGGAAAUGGCUGCCUACCAUGAUGAAAAUAUGUGUUUGUCUAAAAAUUGUUGACAUUUGCAGGAAUUUAAGACGAAAUGGAGGAAUGGAUGAAAUCAAGCCAAAGAAAACUAAAACUAUUAGAUCUAGAAGGGUGUUCCCUGAGUGGGAAAAAGUAAAACAAUUAAAUAUAUAUAGAUGAAUAUGAUAGAAUAUCUGUUAUUUUACAUGGUACAAUGUCACAUUUCCUUUGAACUAAAAACUAAAACCAAAUAACAGUUUUUCAAACACGUUUAUAUUAAGUAUUCGACUACCUGAGAUUUGGUACGAUUCGAACAUUUUGGGAACUAAUUAACGUUACGAAAUAGUG